CUGUCGUCUCUGCAUAUCUGUCUUUGUCUGCGCGCUGAACGCUGAGUCGGCCACAAGCUUUGUCUCGCGUCGAUGCGUCUGGCUGAGUCACCUCUGACGCCUGCUCCGGAGGGGGGGGAAGGGGGCAAGGAGUUUCUUUCAGGUUUGAAGAAAGAGAAACUACAAAAGCAGCAUGGCCACGCUGUCUGCACUGCCGCCCAAGUCGUCGCCGGCAUGCCCCUCUCCUCAAGGUCUGGACUGCGGAGCUCUGUUGCUGGCAAGACACUACGCCGCCUCAUCCUGUCAUUGACACGGUGCCGCGUCGACGUCCAAACCCACCUAAACUAACUGGACGACACUUGAGAAGCGCCGGAUCGCCUGCCGCGACACCAGCUUGGCCAGGAUGGAGACCCAGACUCGAUCGCGACCCGAGCUGCGCCCAGUUUGGACCGGCCGCGAGCUGCAUCCGACCCAUCCUCGGCCUUCCCCGCUCUCGGCGACGAGCCCACUCUACUCGGCCUCGUUGCACUUGCCCAGCCCCAUGUACCCAGCUUCGCCCAGCUACGACCAGGCUAUGAGAGCACACGAGCGAGCUUUGGUGGACCGGCUGGAUCGACUGGACCAGCGCGGGAAGCGCGAGUCCCAGCCGUCGCCAACCACAGCCCGCUCGUUGUCCUCGGUAUCAGAGCGGACGCUCAGCGCGCGACGUCCAUCCGCCGCCAGCUUGCCCAUUCCUCGUGCGCCCGAGCCAUCCCCGCGUUCGCCUGGCUUCCCGCAGUACCCGAGGAGGCAGACGCUCGUGGCAGAGGCGAGGUCGAUUCUCCUAUCAGGGCUGCCGGACGGGCUGCCGGACGGGCUGCCGCGGACUCCAACAGACACUGCCAGCACCCUCGCCGACCGGCGCCAGUCACUGCCUCCGUCGUUCCAUAGUCAGCGACGGCGGAGCCAGCAGCUCUUGCAGGAGCUGCGCGAUUGGGGCCGGGUGUACUUCUGCAACGCCGACGCCCGCGUGGCCGACUGCUUCGUAGCUGCCGUCGCUCUGAGGAGACCCAGCGACAGCUCUUCGCCAGACGAUGAAGCCCUCGCGGUCAAGGACGAGCUGACCACGAAGAGGAGGCACCGGGUCACCAUCCGUGCGCGGGUAAGGCCGUGCGCGCUGCACCAAAAGCCUUUCCUCAUCCGACGGACAUUCGACAUGGAUGAGCUCAGAGCGACCAUCCCUGAGCCCUUACGCCUGUCAUCAGCACCCCGGCGGCCUUCCGCUGAGCUCCCCAGCCGCGGUACCCUCCCGACUAAUCAGCGGGGUACCUCGGCGGCAACCAGCGCUGAGCAGGACCUCGAUCUCGAGGCCGCCAAGUCGCCCGUCCGAAGCAUCAACACAUUGCCGAUUCACCUGAAGUAUGCUCGCGCCUUCUUCCCCGUGCUGGCUGCCCUGCUUUACUCCGGCCACAUCCAGAAAGGCGAUAUCAUUGAUCUGCCUCUGCCUUACCCAGAGGCCUGGUUCCAGACCGUGGCGCAUGUGUACACUGGCCAGGGAGAACUGACGGAGGCCAUGAAGCAAAACAUUCUGUAUCUGGGAGGUAAAGUCUAAGGUCAGGCUUGGGGACACGAGACAUCAUUCUUCGUUUCUGCCGUCAUGCGCCCACAUGACUUUGAGGGGCGGCAUGUCUGCUUUGACAACUUUGACAACUAAUCAAGCCUCCUCGUGCUACGUUGUGUAUGGCGGGUCUUUGUCUUGGACUUUCGCGGCAGCUCUUUGAAAAAUAUUCCAGUGAGCUU